AGCCAAAAGAAACAAGCCAUGGCAGAAACCAGUACCAGCAGCAGCUGCAAUGGCAGCUCUCCAUUGACCCAAAUAGCCCAAGACCACCUCUUCUCAAUCUUGCUGCUCCUCCCUGUUGACUCUAUUCUCAGCUUUGCUAUGACAUGCAAGAAAUUCAGAGCCCUCACAGCUUCUGAUACUCUUUGGGAGUAUAUAUGCCAAAGGGACUGGGGGCCCAGAUCAGUUGAGGCCUUCAAGGCUUCAAAUUCUAAUCAGCAGUUGCCUUGGAUGAGAAUUUACAAGCAAGUUUCUGGGGUUGACUCUGUGUAUUGCCAUAGAUUGUGUGCUGAUCCAGAUGCUGAAUUGGUGUUUCCAACUCCCAGGGCCUCUCAUUCCCUCAAUUUUGUGUCUGAUUGCUUGGUCUUGUUUGGUGGUGGCUGUGAGGGAGGACGCCAUCUAGAUGACACAUGGGUGGCAUACAUGGGCAAUGAUUUUCAGAGAUUGCUGAAGUGGCAGAGGAUCAGUUCAGGCAGUCCGAGUGGAAGAUUUGGGCAUACAUGUGCUGUAAUUGAUGAUUGUCUUGUUCUAUUUGGAGGUAUAAAUGACAAUGGAAGCCGUCAAAACGAUACAUGGGUGGGGCAAGUAGCAUUCCAUGAGACCCUUGGUAUCACAUUGUCUUGGAGGCUGCUUGUGGUGGGGGACAAUGCACCUCCCCAGCGAGGAGCUCAUGCAGCAUGCUGCAUUGAAGGUAGAAAGAUGGUUAUCCAUGGAGGAAUUGGGCGGUUUGGUGUGAGACUGAGUGACACAUGGGUAUUGGAACUUUCAGAAAACUUUCGAACUGGUACUUGGUGUGAAAUCGUUACUCAGCCAUCUCCUGCAGCUCGCUCAGGUCACACGUUAACUUGCAUUGGGGGUACCAGAACUGUUUUAUUUGGAGGGAGAGGAUUGGGAUAUGAUGUGCUUCAUGAUCUUUGGCUCUUGGAUAUUUGUGAGGGUCAACCACAAUGGCUACAAGUACUAUAUGAAUUACAAAAUAUUCCUGGAGGAGUUUCCCUCCCACGGGUUGGUCACUCAGCUACACUCAUCUUAGGAGGUCGUUUGCUGAUAUGUGGAGGGGAAGAUUCAUAUAGACACCGGAAGAAUGACUUCUGGGUUUUAGACAUUACUGCAGUUCCCUCCAUUACUGUGCAGCCAACUAUGUUGAACUCUAUGCAGUUAUUUGCAAAAAUGUGGAAAAGAUUCAAGACAAAGGGUCAUAUACCCAACUGUCGCUCAUUUCAUCGUGCCUGUGCAGAUCAAUCUGGCCGUUGCCUGUUUAUGUUUGGCGGAAUGGUGGAUGGAUUACUUCAACCUGCUGACCCAGCUGGACUGAGGUUUGAUGGGGAGCUCCUUCUUGUGGAGCUUGUGCUUCAGUUAUGAGGAGAAAUGAAAAUCAUUAGAGCAAGGUAAAUAAUGGAUGCCAUUUUGUCCACCAUGUCUUGUACAUACUACUACAUAGUAUCCCGAUGAGUUGGAAUGGUCUUUGUAAAUCUUUUGAAUUCAGACUAUCGGAAAAAGAAACUAUUGUUAUGG